CGCCAGAACGCUCGGCAAAAAUCUGCGAUCCCCCCUGCGCCCUAUCACACACACGCGUGCUCUGCUCUGCACUGCACCUGCUUCCCGGAACUGUCUAGUGACAAGAAUAGCCCGCCGGCCCAAGCAAGCAAGCAAGCAAAGCCCACGUUAGUCGUCUAGUUCUUUUCUUCUUCCUCCUCUGUCCUUUGUUGCCUUGCAAGCAGUCGUCCAGUCCGUUGCCAGACGGACAGCCAGACAGACAGACGGACUGGCUUUGCAGAGACGAAAGGGUAACGUAUUGGGCUUUGUCCGGCCUACUCCUACUACGGCCACUGCUACCGCUACUGCUACUGCUACCGCUGCUGCUGCUAGCCCGUGUGCAGCCAGCCUGCCACUGCCUAAGCCUCCCGCUUACCUGCUAGCGCUCCCCACUCCGGGCGCCCGCUGUGGCCGCUCAUUUGCUGCCCGCCUGCGCAGCUCCUUGUCCGCCUGCCCGCCUGUCCUGCGCCGCCUUGUGUUGUGUGAGUGUGAGAGUGUGUGCAUCCAUCCAUCGCCUCCAACAAGACUGGUGCGCGUGUGCCGCCCCCCUGCCUCGGGGCCCUUGCUGGCUGCUGGCUGCAGUGAAUCAAACCGAGUGCAUGCAGUGGCUCCAUUGUUGUCGCUCGGUGGGUCUCGUCGUAGGCCGAUACCGUGGCCCUUGCCACCCUGGGCUGGCCCUGGCCCAGGCGGGCCAACUUGCUGCUGCUGCUGCUGUUGCCCAUGGCUGCUGCAUCAUGGAUUCAUGGGUCCAUCAAAUCACCCACUCCCUCUCAUAUCCAUUGUGUGCGUGCGUCGUGCGUGCGAGUGGAACCGCCUGGCCCUUGCUCCCCCCCCAACUCGACCGCGGGUGGCCUGUCUUCUCUCCCGUCUUCGUCAUGUCAUGGCGCCGCCUUGCGCUAGCGAGCCCCAUCCUUCCAACCAAGUGCUUUCCCUAUAUUUACGACCCCCCGGUCCCCACCAGCCAAUAGCCGCCCGCCUAAGCCCCGACCGUCUCUACAAUACAACCCGCCCGCCUGCCUGCCUGCUUGUGUGCUUACCUGCCAUCCAUCCAUACAUACAUACACUACUACCACCUCCUACAUCAUCUCUAGCCUCUCUACACGCUUUCUACCUCUCCUCUCCUCUCACACUACUACUACUACUACCUCCACCACUACUCUUCCUCCUCUUAUAUCAAACACCUCAACUCACUCCAACCACUCCUUCCUUCUACCACCACCACCACCACUCUUCACCACCUUUCCUGCCACCUGCCAUCCUUUGUUUCCACCUAGGAUCUUGCCAUCCAUUACUUGCCGGAUCUGGUAUUUUGAACGCUCGUGCAUCGCUGUUCCUCUGCUCCUAUUUGGUAUCCAACUUUUGAUUUCUCUUUUCCGUACUUAAUACAAAAGAAAAAAAGGACCGUUCCGGACCUGUUUGGAUCUUUUUGGUUUUCUACCGCCCAUUCCAUUUUCCGGAGUGCUUGAUAUCCGUCCUUGAGGCCUUCACUGGACCUGCAAGGACCUUCUCCCCCCUUCCUCCUCACACACUAUGUUGCCGACUCCCCCAGCAUCUCCAUCUCUCAAUGCAUUCUGUGCCCCCGAGGACCGCCUAGGCCAAAUUCUUGCUGGAAGACUGCAACUCACCGGAAUCCUUGGCGUUGGAGCUUACGGUGUAGUGUACACGGCCGUUGAUAUCCAGACCAACGUUCCAUAUGCCGUCAAGGCCCUGAACAAGAUUGGCCUCGAGCCCAGGCAGCAAAAGUUCCAGCAACGGGAGAUCCAACUGCACCACCAGGCCUCUGCUCACCCCAAUGUCGUUUCUUUGGUAAAGAUCAUGGAUGCCCCCGACUGCACCUAUGUGGUCCUGGAGUACUGCCCGGAAGGCGACCUGUUCUCCAACAUCACCGAACAGGGCAAAUACGUUGGUAAUGAUGCUCUCGCCAAGAGGGCUUUCCUUCAGAUCCUGGAUGCCGUGGAAUAUUGUCACUCCGUUGGAAUCUACCACAGGGAUCUCAAGCCCGAGAACGUCCUUGUAAAAGACCAAGGCAUGACCUGCAAGCUCGCCGACUUUGGCCUUGCCACCAACGAUCACAUCACCUCCGAUUUUGGAUGCGGUUCCACUUUCUACAUGUCUCCAGAAUGCCAAACAUCGGCUCCUAAGCCCUACUCCUGCUACGCGUCUGCGCCCAAUGACGUCUGGAGCCUCGGUGUUAUUCUGGUCAACCUCACCUGUGGACGUAACCCAUGGAAACGUGCUUCCUUCGAGGACAGCACCUUCCGUGCUUACAUGAAGGACCCCAAGUUCCUUCGUUCCAUCCUGCCCGUGUCUCUAGAGCUGGAUUCCAUCAUGAGGCGCAUCUUCGAGUUCAACCCAGCCAAAAGGAUCACCAUUCCCGAGCUUCGCGACCUCAUCAUCAAGUGCCCGCGAUUCACGGCCUCCAAGUCGGCGGCUCCCACGCCCGUCUCCACUCCUCCAUUCACCCCCGUGGACUAUGCUGCCCAGCAGGAAGCUGCUUACUACCAAUCCCAGGUCGUGCCCCCUGUAGCUCCUCUGUCGGGCCCCGUCUAUCCGACACCCGCCCACGACGUGUCUUACCCUCAAUACUCAACUUCCACUGGAAGUGCCCACUCGGACAGCGGCUCUGUGUUUUCCGCCUGUUCGUCGGCAUCGUCCACUUCCUCAAAUGGCUCCUUUACUCACGUGGCUGCUCCGUCCCAGAAGAUGCCCAUCAGGGCACCCCAACAACAAUACGUUUCUCCUCCCUCGAACACAUGGUUUCACCCGUUCAUUCAGGCCGCCAACCUUGUAAAGCAUGUAUCGUUCCAGCCACAGAUGAUGGCUCCCGUUCAUGUCUACUAA